AUGUGGAAUGAGAAUGACUAUUGUUUCCCAGAGAGAGAAGCUCGAUUUAGGCCUGUAUGGUCUCAUCGUCCUCAUAGGCCACCGUUCGUUGCACCAUACAAUCGGCCGAGAGAAAUAGCUUCAUUUAUGAAACCGGAGAUGAGUGGGAUUGUGGGCAUGGGGAUGGUUCCAUUGUUUUCAAGGAUGCCCGAAUUAACAACUCCACAUGCUGCUGCCCAACGGCCAUUGCCUCCAGCACGUCCAGCUCAUUCACCUUUGUAUCAAGACUUCUCAGCACCGGCGCGGCCAUUAGCUGUAACAAUGAACAUCCAGACGUCAGCUCUAAAAUGUCUGAUCGAAUGGAAGCCACCUAAUUUGCCAAAGACAGUGAAAUAUACUUAUAAACUUGAAGUUUGGGAAGGUCUUCAGUAUGAAAAACAUGAUUUACCUUCACAUACAGUUUCUUUCACACUUAAGACAGUCCCCGGAUCUUGGUUCAAAUUUAUAAUAAUAUAUAUUGGUGCCUUAGAAGAACUUGUCAGUAUAAUUAAGGCUGAACUGAGGUGCGUGGAUAAAUCCGAUACGGUUCUUGCAAUCGGUAGAGCUCGAUUCAAGGCCGUUUUCUCACACGAUGAGAUGCAAAUGUUGUACAAGAAGGCGUUGGAUUUUGUGGGGACCGCUAUGCAUUCUUUUCAUGUACUAUAUCGUUGUAAACCAAAAAUAUACUACGAUGACAUUCAUUUCCGGUGCGGAGGUAUCAUGGAAAAAUAUUUGAAAGAUAAUAAUGGGCAAGCAGCGUCUUCAAUCAAUGGUGCCAUAAGCGGGUUAUUUUUUUCUGCACGACUGUCGCCGGAUGGCUCACUACCAACUCACUCCCCCUUUGGUAAUUUGCGCAUGCGGAUUCAGGCAUUUCAUCUACUUGAUCCAGCAAGAAUUAACAUGUAUUUCAGUGACUUCUAUUGCAAUUACAUUACUCAUUAUGUCACGGUUGUUAUUUGUGAAAAACACUCAGAGACGGACAUGUUCUGUAUGCAGAGGCUCAUAAAGCUCGCUCCAGAUUCAAAUCCAUUUUUAAAAAUUGUGAUCAGACCUCCUUUAUUUGAACCAGAAUUUUGGGUUAACAAAAAUGUAUGGGUUGAAAUUUAUUAUACAGAAAAUGUCCCGCUAUCGUUAGGAACAUUUGAUACUAUCAUAGCAACAGGUGCUGGAACGUCGCGAGUUGGGGGCUUACCGCACAAUAAGCAGUGUCAAUUAUGUAACUUGUACCCGCAAAAGCCAUCAUCUGCGUCAUCAAAGUCCCAGUUGGGUUCGAAAUUGAACUCUACUUUUCAGUUACUAUUAAGCCUGGGAAAGAAGGAUCUCGGCUCUGAUUCAGUCGAUGACUGUGCCGACAUUAUAGAAACUAUAUGUGCUUUAGUAGAUGCAGUUGUUGAUCAGACUGAGCGUGAGAAAACGUUUGAAAUGGAGAAGAAUGACCAGCAAGCCAUGAAGAGUAAACAGCUAGAACCUGCCUUUGAAGUAGUUGCGAAGCUGGUUGAAAAAUCAGUGUGCGAGGAAAUGAAGGAGACGGUCAACCUUUUAAAGAAGGUGGCGAGUAAUUUAGACAAGUAUUUUGAGUUUGUCGGCAAAGCACUCGAAGACACUAAACAAGCAUUGCUCGCCAAUGGAUUAGUAGCUUCCUAA